AUGGAUACCUUACUUAUCUGCUCUUUACUGUACCUUUGCUCAGUGACUAUCGUUCCCGCCCGUUUGCUAUAUUCGACAUCGCUUCCAAUAUCCUUCUUUUCGCUGCACCCGAUAUCACUCACUAGAGUCUCUACUUGUCCCUUGCCUCGAACCAACACACACACCUUUGUUUCGUUCCGUUUCGCCGAUACCUAUUUCUCCUCCACGACGACAAAAGAGUUGCCCAAAGACAAGAAAAAGUCAACUACGGCGCUACACGGAUAG